AUUGAAUUCUACGUCUUGUAAAAGUAAAGAUGGUGAGUACACAUACAACAUUCAACUCAAAAGUAACUAUUUAUGUGGUUUCAUGCUGGAUUUUUGCUGCCUUUGGAGGCCUAAUGUUUGGUUAUGACAUUGGCGUUUCUGGCGGUGUCACUUCCAUGGAUGACUUCUUGAUCAAAUUCUUCCCACGAGUUCAUGAAAGGAAGCUUCAUGCCAAGGAGGACAACUACUGCAAAUACGAUGAUCAGCUGCUCCAGCUCUUCACUUCUUCCUUGUAUCUUGCUGCUCUUGUCGCAAGCUUCGGCGCCUCAAAAGCGUGUAGCGCGCUUGGUCGAAAGCCCACAAUUCUGAUUGCAUCGACAUUCUUCCUGGCAGGGGCUGCCCUGAGUGCUGCAGCCGAACAUCAUUGGAUUCUGAUCAUUGGCAGGAUUCUCUUUGGCAUAGGAGUAGGAUUUGGCAAUGAGGCAGUUCCAUUGUUCUUAACAGAGGUUGCGCCGGUCCAGCACAGGGGGGCUGUCAACAUUCUCUUCCAGCUCUUUGUAACGAUGGGAAUCCUGUUCGCCAAUCUCGUGAACUAUGGCGUGUCAACCCUGCAUCCUAAUGGAUGGAGGGUAGCUUUGGGCGUGGCGGGCACUCCUGCUCUAGUCCUAUUUAUCGGUUCACUGGUCAUCACUGAGACACCGGCGAGCCUGGUUGAGCGAGGAAAAGAAACCCAAGGCAAAGAAGCGCUCAAGAAGAUCAGGGGUCUGGAUGAUGUAGAUGCUGAAUAUGAGCAAAUCAAAGAGGCCUGCGAGCGGGCCAAACUAGUCAAGGAUCCAUUCAAGAAGCUCACAAAGCUAUCGAGCAUGCCCCCGCUGAUCAUUGGCAUUUCAAUGCAAGUCUUCCAGCAGUUCACAGGGAUUAAUGCCAUCAUGUUCUAUGCACCGGUCCUGUUCCAAACUCUCGGGUUCAAGAACGAUGCUUCGCUCUUGUCAGCCGUCAUUACUGGAAGCGUGAAUGUUUUGGCCACUUUCGUCUCCAUCUACGCUGUUGACAAGGUCGGGAGGAGGAAGCUGCUUAUCCAAGCUUGCGCCCAGAUGCUCAUCAGCCAGGUGGCCAUCGCCGGGAUUCUGCUAGUCCACUUGAAGACGACAGGGACUCUGACACGGGGCUUGGCAGCCGUGGUGGUGCUGCUGGUGUGCCUAUUCGUGAUGAGCUUCGCGUGGUCGUGGGGGCCUCUCGGGUGGCUGAUACCCAGUGAGACAUUCCCUCUCGAGACGCGAACUGCAGGCUUCGCCUUCGCUGUCAGCGCCAACAUGCUCUUCACUUUCAUCAUCGCUCAGGCCUUCUUGUCAAUGCUGUGCCAUAUGAAAGCCGCCAUAUUUCUCUUCUUCUCGGCCUGGAUUGUGCUCAUGGGGCUCUUCGUGGUUUUCCUAUUGCCAGAGACGAAGGGCGUGCCCAUUGACUCCAUUACUGAGACUGUGUGGAAGAAGCAUCCAGUUUGGAAGAAGUUCAUGAAUGAGAAGAAGGGCCACCAAGCAUUGGAUCAGUGGCCUAAAUUAAUAUUAUAGACAUAUAAUAGGAUUGAUUCAAUUCUUUAGAUUGAUUCCCUUCAUGAGCAGUGAGAUAUUCAGCAGGCAUUCAACAUCGGAUUAAGGAUCUGUUUUAUUGCUGUUGCAUGUUGAACUUUGCAAGGGAAUUAAGAAGAAAAGAUAAAAGGGUUCAGUUUU